GAGGAUCAAGUUGAAGAGUUAGCAUAAAAAACGGGAUCAAGCCCUCCAUUCACAAGCCCCCAUAAUGGUCAUCCUUCCUUCUCCCAUCACUACUUUCAAGUUUAUUCCUUUUUUCUUGUUAAAGCUUGAGGGGGACCAUUGUGCCUUUUAUCUACAACGUGAAGAUUUUUCUGAUCAUGCCUGUCAUGAGAGCAACUUUAUCUCACAUCGCUGACAGAAAUCAAGAGCCUGGCCAAGAUGAUGGACAAGUGGUUCAACAACCAUGUCCAUCGACAGACAUUUUUGAUGAUCUCUUGCGAGGAAUCAUUGAUCCUAAUCUCCCAUCUUUGGUUCAAGUUAUUCGGGUCUUGCACGAGAAUCAACAAAGAACUACUCAUCUUCUCGCCAACUUGCAAGCUCAACAUACUCUGCAGGACCCAGCGGAACCAACCAACAUGGUUGGGACGUCCCAACCACAAGAGGUUCAAGCUGGAGCUAUUGAUGGUACUAGGGGCUCUGUUGCAUGGCUAAAUAACUCAGCAUCACUAGUAAUUGCAGUCGCUAGCACCGUUGGAGCUCUACCCAAUGCAGCCAACUGUACUCGAGGCUUCAUCAACAUGGCAGAUCUUACUACUCUCUUGGACAAGGAGCGUUCCAGACAAAGUUCAACCAUUUUUCAGUUCAUCCAUGAUCCACCAUACCCAAAGGAGAUUUUGUCCAAGCCUUUAUUCAUGAGUGACCAACUGGCAGAAGGUUUAAAUGGUCUAGUGACCUCUGCAGUGGAAAAGGACUUAUAUAAGGGAGUGACGGUUGGGAGUGGAGGUGAUAGGGUGACACACUUACAAUUUGCGGAUGAUACCAUACUCUUUGAAGAGGCAACAGAUGACAACAUUUGGACAGUCAAGGGUAUUAUGAAAACUUUUGAGCUGGCUUCAGGUUUGAAGAUCAAUUUUGGGAAGAGCCAAUUAAUGGGGGUAGGGGUAGAGGAGAGUUGGAGGGCUAAGAUGGCAUAUAGAUUGUGUUGCAAAGAAGGGGAACUCCCAUUCAAAUAUUUGGGAAUUCCUAUUGGUGGGAACAAUAGGAGGUUAGUAAUGUGGCAACCAAUGAUAGAAUCCUUUAAAAAGAAACUAUCCAGCUGGAAGGGUCGGCAUCUUUCCUUGGGAGGUCGUAUCACGCUCAUCAAUUCAGUGUUAUCAAGUCUACCCAUGUUCCUAAUGUCAGUCUACUUAAUCCCAAAAGGAAAGGAUAACACAUGCAACCAAAUGGGUAGUACAAGAAACGGAUCACGGGAAUGGAAGCUGUCAUGGAGAAGAAAUUUGUUCGAUUGCGAAGAUGAGGAGGUCACGAAACUUCAGAAUAUGAUUGAGGACGUGAAGAUAUCCCAAGGAUGCCCUGAUAGAUGGGAAAUACCAACUAAGGUGAACUUGUUAAGAAGAGGGAUAGUUAAAGACAUGGGAGAAUGCAAGUGUGAUAUGUGUGAUGAAGAAGAAAAGGAUACUGCCCAUCUAUUCUUAAAAUGCAAGAUUGCUCGGUCAUUGUGGGAAGCUUGUACUAAGUGGUGGGAGGCCAAGGUAACAUUGGAAAGUGAUCGCUGGAAGACAUUCAAAAUCUUUGGGGAAUGGAACAAAGAUCCAAGUAUCAGAGAAGGAUGGGACUGCAUUUGGAGUGCGAUUGUCUGGACAGUGUGGACUACUCGAAAUCAGAAGCCUGUUUCUGGAGUUAGCAACUCACAAUUGUCAGGUAGGAAGAAAAGGGACUCGUAUGGAAAUGAGGAUAUUGUCACUAACUUGCCUGGCCAGCCAGCUGUAGACUUCCGGUAUUACGCUGGUUAUGUCAACGUGAAUGAAAAGAAUGGAAGAGACUCUUUUAUUGGUCCUGGGUGCUCGUCCGUUGGAUAUGGAGCAACACAAGAGAUUGGUCCUUUCCUAGUGGACAUUGAUGGAAAUGGAAUUAAGUUUAAUAAUUUCUCACGGAAUAAAGAAGCUAACAUGUUAUUCCUGGAGUCUCCAAUUGGGGUUGGCUUUUCAUACACAAAUACAUCGACUGAUUAUGAUAAUCUAGGAGAUGGCUUCACUGGAAAAUAUGUACCAGAGCUAGCUGAACUCACCAUUGACAAGAACAAUGAUCCCUCCCCUUAUAUUGAUUUGAAGGAAUAUCCUUUUUGUCAACAGCUGGGAAAUCCUGAAACAUCUUCUGCUGAAGAUUGGGAAGGAAUAGUGGAUUAUGGUUGGAGUCAUGCUGUGAUAUCUGAUGAAACACAUAGAAUAAUCAGUGAAAACUGUGACUUUAACAGCAGUGAUACAUGGAGCAAUCCACAUUGUAAGGAAGCUGUGGAUGAAUUAUUCAAACAGUAUAAGGAGAUUGAUAUCUACAGUUUAUACACCCCAGUUUGCGUUGGUUCAGAUAAUAAGUCAAUGAAAGUUGUAAUGAAGCAAGCGUCCAACAUGUUGCCCAGGAUCCUGGGAGGUUAUGAUCCAUGCAUGGAUAAUUAUGCAAAAGCUUUCUACAAUAGACCCGAUAUUCAAGAGGCACUCCAUGUUAGCAAUGGUCACCAGCUCAGAAACUGGAGCAUAUGCAAUCAGACUAUGUUUAACAAUUGGUCAGAAUCAGAUUCAGAAAACUCUGUUCUUCCAAUAUACAAAAAGCUUAUUGCAGUUGGAGUUAGAAUAUGGGUCUACAGUGGAGACACAGAUGGAAGGGUUCCUGUUUUGUGCACACGGUACAGCUUAAGCUCCUUGGGACUGCCUGUUCUUCGGGCAUGGAGACCCCCGUACCACCAGAAGCAGGUCAGUGGUUGGCUUCAAGAAUACAAAGGGCUAACUUUUGCAACAUUUAGAGGGGCUGGGCAUGCAGUGCCCUGCUUCAAACCAAGCAGCUCACUUGCAUUCUUCAAAUCCUUUCUCCUUGGAAAAUCUCCACCUUCAUCUCGAUAAUCCGUUUAGUUAACUGAUCCUCAAGGAUUGUGCUUCUAUAGGUAAUAGGGUCUUAUGUGAGUGUUGUUCUCCCAUCGAAAAUAGUUUCCUUAACUUACUGUGUUUGCUUAUGGAAAUCAUAUGAAUUUUCUGUAUGUGGUGUCUUAGAAUACAUUAUAGACUUGCAAAAUACGAGGAGGCAAUAAAACAGUUGGUCUGUC